AUGAAACCAUCUAAACUGCAAGAUCAUCUGAGAAGAUGCCACCCUGAUAAAACAGAGAAAGAUUUGAAAUACUUUCAAACGCUCAAACAUAAAUUUCAGAAGAGACCUACACCGGACAGAAUGUUCGCUUCGACGUCAUUAAGAAAUGGUGAUGGUUUGCGGGCGUCUUACAAUAUCUCGUUACUUAUAGCAAAAUCCGGAAAACCGCAUACUAUCGGAGAGAAGUUAAUUUUGCCAGCCGUUGAAGAGGUUUAA